AACAGAAAUCCUCAGACCUCGGUCUCGAAGGUUCCAUCUCGCGUCGCCGGUUUCCUCGCCUCCCGCGGUGGUCGAGCGCGAGCGCGAGCGCGAGCGCGAGCGCGCGGCAGGGUUUUCGAGAAUGGCCACUUCCGGCGAUCAAUCGGCUGGCGGCGGGUCCGCGGCGAGGGCGUCGAGGCUGCGCUACCCGCUGCGGUCGGCGAGCAGGGGGAAGGCGGCGGCGGAUGCGCCUCCCACCAUCUCCGCGCCGAGAAGGGCAAAACCACCUUCAGAUGUCAGCAAGAGCAUGUGUCUUGACCUUUCUGUGAAGGAUAAAUCAGCCAAACCUCCACGGAGGCACUCAAUACAAACUAAGCCAGGAGCUAGCCCAAGGCCAACUCCUUCUGCAACUGUUACUCCAGUAUCCGGGAUUCGGUCAAGGAGAUCAAACAGCCAGGGGAGGUUUGAUACUCCUACAUCAGAAGUGUCCAUGUCCACCGCAAGGCGCAAGUUCAGCACGCUGUCCUCGAUCUCGUACUGGAUGACACAAAUCAGGCUGGCAGAGGCUGCUUCCAAGCACUCAGUUGCCCUGGGCUUCUUUAAGCUUGCUCUAGAAUCAGAAUGUGAGCCACUGGACCGGAUGAGGGAAGAGCUCAAGUCAUAUGUUGCCCGGCAUGGCCUAGUGGCAGAAUUGGAAGAACCAGUAAAGGACAUUCUUCAGGUUUAUGAUAUCGUGGAGGAUUUUGAGAAGCUCAAGAUCUCUCCAGAGCCCUCACAGCAACAAAUAAAGUCUGACAAGGCUGCUCGUACUGCCACCAAUGUGUCACCCAAUGGUAACCUGAAGCCAAGGUCACUGAACUCUGAGGCAACUGAAACUAAGGUAGCAGGGAAGAAAGAGAACAUUCAGAAGGCGAAACCUGAUGCAAGGGUCAGAGGCUCCUAUAACAAGAAUCCUGCCAAAAACACCGCUGCAAAGGAGGUGGUUCGCAAGAAUGCCAGUAAGAAAACCAAGAAACAGGCCAAGGGUCAACAAGAAGUUAGCAAUGGAGAUAGUGAGGCUUCGGCCGCCCGUCCAGAUCAAGAACCUGCUGAUGUGGUGAUGGAGAUUGCACAUGAGGAUAAAGAGAACAUGGGGGAUACUGAGAUGCCUAUGGAUGAUGGAAUUCCCCAAGAAGCCUAGAAGAGCCCGACCGACUUCAGAUUCAAUCCUUUUUUAUCACUGAAGAUGAAGUACUAGUGUGUGGUUGCUUGCUUUAGUUCCCAGUGUUAAUAUGCUACCGGAGGUUGUCUCUGUGAUUGCCGAACCUUGUCUUGGAGGGGUGGGAGUCUGUGCUUUGAUGGGUGGUUGAUUGCUUGCUUGCUUGUAUUCCUAAAUUAAGUUUGCCGCUUUGCAUGUACUGGCUGUGCAUCUGAAUAUGGUCGAGUCUAUUUAUUCGUGAGAUGGAACUUCUGACA